AUGAUGGACCAUAGCACUGACUCCCAUCGGCAAAGGGAACCAGAACCACGGCCGUCUAUCGACAAGUCACCCAUUCUGGCCCCGGAUCCCGCUUUCGAUCGACUGCCCGACGAGAUCAUCCAACAGAUACUACAGCUGACCGACCCUGACUCCUUUGCGUCCCUCAUCCUCCUCAACUCGAAAUGGCGAUCCGUAUCCCAGCAGGCCCAGCUCUACGCCCUCCACCUCUCGAAAUGCCAGUCCUACUCCUCGAGCCAUCCCCCCCUUUGCGAAGCCGACGUCCGAGAUGAAGACCUACCGCGCCUCAGGCGCUUGUUCGCCCGAGAAGUCAAGCGCAACCUCUUCGAAGCAUACUUGCGGCCCCGCGAAACCGUCAUCAAGCUGAUAUCCAAUUCCAUUAGCUCCUCGUCAUGUCCAGGCGGCGAAGGAAUGCAGUUUAUCCCCUCUCCCCGCGGUCAUCAUAUACUGGCCUACAACUCGUCGCGUAUCUACGUCCUCGACGUGCGAGGGAAACACAUCGACGUCAAGAGGGAAUUCAAGAUUCUCCGCCGCCCCGUUUCUACUUGCAUCAAAGACGACGGCUCCAUGCUGGCUGUCUUGUCCUCUGAAAUGCAGGUUGACUUGUACGACCUUGAGCAGUCCCCGCCUCGUCGCACCCAGUCCUUGAUCCUGGAUAACCCCCCGCGCACCAUUGCGCUCUCGCCGUGCGGUUCUGUUCUCGCUGCCGCUUACGAAGGGGGCAUCGAGGUGUCCUUGGUCAACCCUGGCGCGCUGCCCACGGACAGGAGAGCGGUGAAAUGCGAUGGAGUCGACGCCCUAUCAUUUUCCUUCGACGGCACCCAGAUUCUCGGAACUACCAUCCACUCGUCGCCGCCCACUACAGUCAUCCUGACGGCUCCGUACUAUGACCCUGGCAAUCAAAUAGCCGAUGAAAGCAUUAGCGCGCUAUGGACCACGUCGAUCUUGUUUCCCAACACGAGCCGCGAUUGUAGUCAUGCUGUGCUAUUGCAAGAUUCGGGCCAGGAGGAGGCCAGCUGGACCUUCACUUAUGAUCGCAGCUUCGAGACCUUCAGGGCUGUACGCAUCGAUGAUCUGCGUAAUGGUACCACCUACUUUACCGGGCCGAAACCCGACCCGGGCUCUCAAGCCAAGCUCACACCAUGCACUCUGCCUGCAGCCACCUUCCACGGAGAUCUCGUCAGCGCAGGAUUUCAGGGGAAGGACAUUUGGCUGUACGGCGUGCCGGAAGAUCUCGACGCUGUGCCUGAUUUCAACGCCGCUGGAGCUGAUGGCUUGUCAGCCCUGGCCGGACAAGGGCGGAGAAACAGCGGGCCUCCGUCGCGAUCAUCGUCGUCCCGGGCGCAAGAAAACCCCCGGGUGCCGCAGUGGCAAAUUCUAUGCGACAAGCUUCGAAAUACAUUUGUCUGGGGGACCAAGGUCGCAGAGCUCGAUGGCGUCGGCACAGUGAAGUGGGUUGCUGGCUUUGGGGAUUCAUCAGCACAGGAGCGUCUGGUUAUCACAGCCCGUGGCAUUUCCCCUGGGAAGUCCGUCAUCGAGGAGGACGACAUCGACUUUAUUGACGGUGGCAGAGUUACCCUCCUCGACUUUGAUUACGGCCCUGACGAUGGGCAAAGAACAGAGAUCGAGAUCGAGGUAGGGACAAAAGAGCCCGAAGUACUCGAAGAGGAACAGAGGGACAUAGACACCGAGGUGGCCAUUGUACGUCGCAGAACCGUCGCUCAAAGGCGGGGAGACCGCGGCGCCUUGAUGCGUGCAGCUACGAGUGCGGCAGGCCGGGGGAAUACCUUGCCCCCAUUGCCUUCCAUGCCUCCCAUGCCACCCAUACCACCCAUACCAUCCAUACCGCAGUCCAGAGAGGAACACGAAGCUGGGAACGAAGUGGACGAUGACGAUCCGCUCAUUCCAAGACGCAUCGGCGCGCCGCCGCGGAUCAACGUUCAGGAGUCAAUGUCGUCUUUGGUUCCCCAAGCAGGCGAAUCUGCUUCGAUGAUCGAGGAAGAGGAGGCCGAGGAAGCCGUGGAAGCCCCUUACUCGCAUGAUGGGCCCCGAUCGACCAAUACUCUUCGUCGUGCAGCCACCGCUGCUGCUAUGAACCGAAGCCGCAAUCCGCAAGCGCCAGCUGCCGGACCGGUAGAGUAUCGGCGAGCUGAUGGCCGGCGCGAGCACCCGCACGAGAGUGAUGCAGACAAUUGGGUUCCUCCGCCGCCGCCGUACCAGAAAGAUGACCCUGGCGACUUGCCUGCAUUUCUGCGAACCGCCGUCAUCACUCCCGGGGGCGUGCAGAUUCAAAGUCAGCCAGCAAGGACUCAAACAGCUGCGCCGGCCAUCAGAUCACCGGCUUGGCCCCUUCCAGGCCGGCCUAGCUCUUUUCAGACUUCCGGUCGCCCUCUGAGUUACCAGGAGCCUGCCAGCAGCCCGCCUGCCAAUGCCACCCAUCAUCUCCGUAUUGCCAGCGACACGACGAUGAUAAGUCGACCGCGCACUGCGGAUUCUUCGACUCGCCCGACGCCUACCCCCUUUGCUCACGUUAACGCCGACGAGGACAUUUACGACGUCUCGCCACCGGACUCGCCGCGUGUAGCUGCAAGGAGGCCCAGUGAAGCUGAAGCCAUCUCGCCCGAGGAUCAGCGCAUGGUCAGCGAACAUUCAGUGACUCGGGCAGCGAAUGAUGAUGUGCUGCAAGAAUCUCAAAGGGAUGCCCUCGGAGACUCGCCCGUCACGCCUUCGGCUGCCCAGCAGGCAUCGUCGUCACCCCCAUCUUUGGGCCUGCAGAUACCCUCGAAUACGUCUGCGACCGCCGCGGAGUUACAACAGCCUCAGUCAGCCUCUGGUGUCAAUGUGCCGCUGAUUAGGCGCUUGUCCAACGCACAAACCUGGCCAAGAUCUGCUCAACCACUGGAGGACCCUCGACUGCGACCAGAGGGCGGACCCUUGAACAGCCACCCGUACUCUGCCCCUCCGGUCAAUGCCAGGGUUGACGAUAUCAUGGGAGAUGCGUUAUCACACACUCCCAGCGGGAACCAAAUGGCUAGUCUCCCAGGUGACGAGCAGCGGCUCUCAUCUCGGCCUUGGUCCAGCAACUUCAGCUCAGUCCAGCGCGUUCCGGUUGGCAGCCGCAGACCUGGUUCUCGCCGGGCAUCUGUACCGCAACCUAUUGCUCAGCCUGAGUUGCAACCUCAAAUGUCAGGCCAUGGCGGCAGCAGCCCGCCGAUUGAGGAUCAGCCGCUGAUCAUAAGCACGCCCAGCGGCGUAACGGGCGCCUAUGACGCGCCUACACGGCAUCAGUCGAAUCGCAGAAAUGAAAUGCCCCUGUUAGCCCCCAUUCCGCGUCACCCACGACCGACUCAGUCGGGCCCUGUGCAGCCUACCGUGGAACGUCUCGAGACCAUUUUCAGUGCCAACACUAAUGUCGAGACAUCCGGCAGCAGGAGCCUCAUACCAGCGUGGCUACAGGCACCAUCAGCGCCAUCCGUGGGUAGACAGUCACACUCGUCGGUCGGCAGAAGACCCAGUCGUGCUGAGCGGAGCGCAGCUAAGAACAUCAAGGAUGCCAAACGACGGGGCUGGAAUGGUUCAAAGAAGAAGAAGAACAAGAACAAGAUGGCUGAUCACGACGCUGCCAGCUCUGCGGCGUGGACCGAGGUGUCCGGGACAAGUAGAAGCGACAUACACGGCAAGCCAGCAAAGGAGAAGAAGUGUACUGUCAUGUGA